CUGUUAGCAUGUGGCUAGCAUUAGCCGCUGCGCCACACAAACACGCGCGCAGAGACAGAAACACGUGCGCGCGCGUGGAGCUCAUGUGGUUAAUCUGCGGAACUUUAACACCAUCAAACGUCUUGUGAGACAUUUUGUCAUCUGCGCUUCGUUGCUGUCUUGAAGUCUGAGCUAACGCUGCUACAUGCUGCUGUUUCUGUGCGUCACGCCGGACUCCGGUCAGAAACGAGUCAGUUUUAACGUUUGCUCACCUGUCGGACAGUGAACACAGGUGAUGAUGUCGUCAGCAGAGGACCAGCUGUGUCUGAACAUCAGCAGCAGCUUCUCCUCCUCUUCAUCGCCCAGGAGGAAGCCUCUGACCGCUCAGCAGAGAUGGGCCACAAAGAAGCAGCGAGCAGAGAAGAGGCCGUUCAGCUCCUCCUCCGAGGAGGAGGAGGAGAAGAAGAAGAAGAAGAGCGGCUCCUUCAAGGUGAGGAGAGUGCAGCUCAGUAACGCAGCAGAGGAGGAGGAGCCUCUUCAGGCUCCGCCCACCGAGCAGACAGACAGGCGGACACCACCGAAGAAGAAGCAGCAGCAGCAGGAGGUGAAGGAGGGAGGGAAGGAAACAGGAAGAGGCGGCAUCAAGACUUCCUCUCUGUUCAAACACAACCCAGAGAUCCCAGAGUUCCACAGACCUGUUGUCUCUCAGUUAAAGGAGAAGAUUUUCACCACUGACUCAUUCUCAGACCUGGACCUGCACCCUCACCUGGUGGCGACGCUGAACAAAGUCCUGAAUGUUUCCACAGUGACCAGUGUUCAGAAACAGACGUUCCCGGCGCUGCUGGCAGGACGAGACGCUGUGGUUCGCUCUCAGACCGGAUCAGGUAAGACCCUGUCCUACGCCGUCCCCGUGGUCCAGAGUCUGCAGGCGGUUCAGCCGAAGAUCAGCAGGUCCGACGGUCCUCUGGCUGUGGUCAUCGUCCCGACCAGAGAGCUCGCCCAGCAGACCUUUCAGACCUUCCAGAAGCUUCUGAAGCCGUUUACCUGGAUCGUCCCGGGCGUCCUGAUGGGAGGAGAGAAGAGGAAAGCGGAGAAGGCCAGGCUGCGUAAAGGCAUCAACAUCCUGGUUUCCACUCCGGGCCGCCUGGUGGAUCACAUCAGAAACACCCUGAGCAUCGCCUUCAGCGCCGUUCGCUGGCUCAUCCUGGACGAGGCCGACCGGACUCUGGACCUGGGCUUCGAGAAGGAUCUGACCGUCAUAUUGAACAGUCUGAACUCUGCAGGCCCGAGCAGGCAGAACGUGCUGCUGUCCGCGACGCUGACUCACGCCGUGACUCGGCUGGCAGAUGUUUGUCUCAGCGACCCCGUCCACAUCCACGUGUCUGGCCCCGCCUCCUCUGACCUCUCUACCGGCUCUACCGUGACCUCUGACCCCAGCGCUGCCAGCCAAUCGGAGAGCUUUGCUAUACCAGAGGCUCUGAAGCAGUUUGUGGUGGUGGUUCCCAGUAAGAUCAGACUGGUGUGUCUGGCUGCUUUCAUACUGGGCAAAUGCAAGUUUUCCCAGAACAACAAAGUCAUCGUCUUCGUCUCGAGCUGCGAGGCCGUCGAGUUCCUCCACUCCCUCUUCACCUCCGUCCUCUCGGGGCCCCCGGCCAGUCAGAAGCCUGGGAUCAGCUUCCUGCGUCUCCAUGGCAACAUGAAGCAGGAGGAGCGCUCCGAGGUCUUCCAGCAGUUUUCGGUGUGUCAGUGUGGAGUCCUGCUGUGCACGGAUGUAGCAGCCAGAGGUCUGGACCUGCCGCAGGUCACCUGGAUCGUGCAGUACACUCCUCCGACGGCAGCAGCAGAGUACGUUCACCGCGUGGGUCGGACGGCUCGGAUCGGAGGAAGAGGAAGCAGCCUCAUCUUCCUCACCCCGGCCGAGACCGCCUUCAUCACCGAGCUGGCCAAUCACAACAUCAGCCUAUCAGAGAUGAAGCUGCUGGACAUCCUGUCCAGUCUCAUGAUGGACGACACCUACAAGGGGCGGGGCAAAUACCACAGCAAGAGUUCGUCCAAAGCUCUGGAGCAGGAGACCCGGGAGCGAGCGACGGUCCUGCAGACGGAGUUUGAGAACUCGGUCCACUCGGACGCUCAGUCCAUUCGGGCCGCCAAGAAAGCGCUGCAGUCCUUCCUGCGGGCGUACACCACCUACCCCGCCCACCUCAAACACAUCUUCCACAUCCGCUCGCUCCACCUGGGACACACCGCCAAGAGCUUCGGCCUCAGAGACGCUCCGCAGGGCCUGAGCGCCGCCGCGGGCCCCUCGGGCUCCGGGGCCAAGAGCCACAACAAGUCCAAGAACCAGAACCAGGCCAGGAGUCCGGUCAAGAACCAGAAAAGGGCACCAAGCGGCGGGGCUGCAGGACACGGCAGACCUGGACAGAAGAGGUUCUCUCCCGGUCAGAGGGAGGUCAGUCUGUUCCGCUCCGAGUUCUCCAGCGGGCUGGAGGGAAGAGACGCCAAGAAGAAGAAGAAGAAGAAGAAGACGACAGCGUCAGGAGAGGAGGAGGAGUGAGGAGCAGCAGCUGGAGUGCCCGUGAGCAAAGUGCUGACGUUUCCCAGGGUGGACGUCUGCAAUCAGACAGAACGCGAGCUGAAUGUUCGAGAUAAAGUCGACGUGAUGAGACACAAAUUCAGACCAGAAACUGACCUGAAGUCUGAGUGAAGUGGAAAUAAUCCAGCUAAGCUCUCGUGGUGUCGCUUCUCUUGCUGUCUGAAGUUACGUUUGAGGGCUGACAGUCAGAAUCCUUUAUGAGACAUCACGUCUUUAAAACGUCCUUCGGUCUGGGUCGAAUGUAGCGAUGCUGCCCUCUGAUUGGUCCACAUCUACUUACACUUACAGUUUUACUUCUGAUUGGCUUUAAAAAUGAAGCUGCGGGAAGUUUAGUGUUGAAACUCGUCAUGUUGCUGCUUAAACAUGUUUGUUCAGAUUCAGAAUAAUGUGAUCAGGAUGUUUGUGCUGACUUGUACGAUAUUUAAACAUGUAUUUCUACAGCCGGAGGUCUUUGAUACAAAUAUUUAUUUUUCUUUGCUGGAAAAUAAAAUUGUAUUUUUACUCUGAA